UAACACUGAGCUACUAGAAGCAACUAGUAGCUCAGUGUUCCAACAUCCACAAACGGCAACUGCUAUCACAACUUGAGAUUGACGAGAUACAACACAAAUGCUACGGCAAGGGGGAGCCAGGACGCCAGGUCAGAGGGGAGGCUUCACCGUCUCCCCAACCGGAAAUUGGGUACGAAGCCCCAAUAAGCACAGAUGCGCUGAGCGAGGCAGCAACUGACCUGAAAGAUAAGAUCAUGGCGAAAUUAAACAGGCAACCCCGAACCCCACUACAACGGCUAAGUGAAGUACCAUCAGAAAGUCUCAUCUCAAGAUGUGAAUGCAGCAUUGAGAGCGAUCCCUACCACAACAAUCACGGAAACCAAUGAGCUGGUAUACGCUUCAGCAUCAGUGAUCCUAGAGGUGCUUGGCUAUAAGAGCAACCAUGGGAGCCAUGAGAAACAAUACCCACCAUGGAAACGAAGAUUGGAGGCAGCUCGGAGGGAAGUGAGCCAAAUGACAGAGACCCAGAGAGGUGCAAUGAAAAGACCGAUGCCCAAGAAGUACAGCCAGAUGCCCAUACCUGAAGCACUCGAAACUGCCAAGCAAAGGCUACAAGCCUUGGCCAGCCGCCUAAAGAGAUACACCAGAGAUAACAAAGCCAGACGAAUAAACCGGCUGUUCGCAACACAACCUGCGAAAGUGUACUCUCAAUGGCAGGGUAAUAACAGCAGAGCAGACCCACCAAGGCUGGAAACUGAACAGUACUGGAAAGGGAUAUGGGAGAGGGAGGCAUCACACAACAACAAUGCACAGUGGCUGGUGGAUCUGAGGGAAGACCACAGCAACCUCCCUGAACAGAAUCCAGUGACUAUCACAGUGGCAGACAUCCAACAAAGAGUCUCAGGUAUGAAAAACUGGACAGCACCCUGACAUGAUCCACGCCUACUGGCUAAAGAAGCUCACUGCAAUCCAUGAGCGCCUGGCAGCACAAAUGAACCAGCUGCUAAGGGAUGGGACUCACCCUGAAUGGCUAACCAAAGGGCGAACAAUCCUGAUAAUGAAGGAUCCCUCAAAGGGUACUGUCCCAUCCAACUACCGGCCAAUAACCUGUCUCUCCACAACAUGGAAGCUCAUGUCAGGCAUCAUCGCCGCUAAGAUAAGUGGGCACAUGGGUCAAUACAUGAGCGAAGCACAGAAGGGCAUUGGUAAGGAUACCAGAGGAGCCAAACACCAACUCCUGGUAGACAGAACAGUUGCCCAAGACUGCAGAGCGCGGCACACCAACCUGUGCACAGCCUGGAUCGACUACAAGAAAGCCUAUGACUCAAUGCCACACACAUGGAUCACUGAAUGCUUGGAGCUGUACAACAUCAACAGAACUCUAAGGGCCUUCAUUGCAAACUCGAUGAGGUUGUGGAAAACCACCCUUGAAGCCAAUGGGAAGCCACUUGCCCAAGUAUCCAUCAAAUGUGGCAUAUACCAAGGAGAUGCACUGUCCCCACUGCUGUUCUGCAUAGGUCUGAACCCCCUCAGCCAAAUAAUAAACAAGACUGGCUAUGGAUACCGACUCCGGAACGGGGCCACCAUAAGUCACCUCCUCUACAUGGACGACAUCAAGCUGUAUGCUAAGAAUGAGCGAGACAUCGACUCGCUGAUCCACACCACAAGGAUCUACAGCUCAGACAUCGGGAUGUCAUUCGGGCUCGAGAAAUGUGGGAGGAUGGUGACAAAGAGAGGCAAGGUAAUCCACACAGAAGGGGUCUCACUUCCAGAAGGAACAAUAGCAGACAUUGAGGACAACUACAAGUACCUUGGAAUACCACAGGCGAACGGCAACCUUGAACAGGCAACAAGGAAUGCGGCAACAGCCAAAUACCUCCAACGAGUAAGGCAAGUCCUAAGAAGCCAGCUCAAUGGCAAGAACAAAUCCCAGGCAAUAAACAGCUACGCCCUGCCAGUGAUCAGAUACCCUGCAGGAAUAAUAAGGUGGCCAAAGGAAGAGAUACAGACCACAGAUGUUAAGACACGAAAGCUCCUCACCAUGCAUGGAGGGUUCCACCCCAAAUCCAGCACCCUGAGACUAUACGCUAGCCGCAAGGAAGGAGGCCGAGGACUAGUGAGUGUGAGAGCCACUAUCCGGGAUGAAACAUCCAAGAUCCAUAAGUACAUCAAGGAUAAGGCCCCGACAGAUGACGUGCUGAGUGAAUGUCUCAGGCAGUGGAGCACAGAGGAUGAGAUGCUGGAAGAAGGACCAUCAUGGGAAGACAAGCCUUUACACGGGAUGUACCACCGAAACAUAACUGAAGUGGCUGAUCUCAACAAAUCCUACCAAUGGCUUGAAAGGGCCGGGCUGAAGGACAGCACAGAGGCACUCAUCCUGGCUGCACAGGAGCAGGCCCUGAGCACCAGAGCCAUAGAGGCCCAGAUCUACCACACCAGACAAGACCCAAGGUGUAGACUGUGCAAAGAGGCCCCAGAGACGGUCCAGCACAUAACUGCAGGGUGUAAGAUGCUGGCGGGCAAAGCAUACAUGGAAUGCCAUAACCAAGUGGCUGGCAUAGUAUACAGGAACAUCUGCGCGGAGUAUGGACUGGAAACCCCAAGAUCAAAGUGGGAAACACCUUCCAAGGUGGUAGAGAACGAGCGAGCCAAGAUCCUGUGGGACUUCCAGAUCCAGACUGACAGAAUGGUAAUGGCGAACCAACCAGACAUUGUGGUGGUGGAUAAAGAGCAGAGGAAAGCCGUAGUGGUGGAUGUGGCAAUACCAAGCGAUGGCAACAUCAGGAAAAAGGAACAUGAGAAACUAGAGAAAUACCAAGGGCUCAGAGAAGAACUGGAGAAGGCUUGGAAGGUGAAGGCCACAGUGGUGCCUGUGGUGAUCGGAGCACUAGGGGCUGUGACCCCCAAACUGGAGGAGUGGCUACGACAGAUCCCUGGAAAAACAUCCGAAAUCUCAGUCCAGAAAAGUGCAGUCCUAGGAACAGCAAGGAUACUGCGCAGAACCCUCAAGCUCCCUGGCCUCUGGUAGAGGACCCGAGCUUGGAAAGUGGAUGAGACCACCCGCGGAGGGUGCUGACUGGCAGCAGGGAAACAUACCCGAACAUGCGUGUCCCAAGUGCAACGAGAUCCUGCCAGACCUGGACUCUUUGCAAAUCCACAUUAUGGACUGCAUCAACUAGACUCUGCCCUUAUAAGCCCCUACUGCAGCAGCAGCAGCAGCAGCAGCUACAUUAGCACUUAACGAGUCUUCCUCUGCUAUGACCUGCACAUCUUCUCAGAACUUUUCGAUAACACAGAUCCAUGAAGAUCAGUCAUUGUCAAUGAACGAUGGGAACAAUUGAGUUUUUGUUACUGCAGGAUUCACGUAGGUGGUUUACGAAACUGUAUUAGUUCCGAUAAAAAUGCUUUAGAAGUCAUCCUCGUGUGGGUUUCAGACCCCAUGUUAUUCAGCACGUAGUUCAUGUGUUGACUGGACUGAUCAAGCUGAAGAUAACGUUCCUUAAAACAAAUGUGAAACACCAGGUAAAAAACUCCACAACCACCUUGACAUCCUCUGAGUUUGGCUGUUGCCCUGUUAUGCAUACAUCAAAUAACCAACCAAAGUUAAAAACUUUAUAUUUGCUUACCAAGUUAGCUGCUGAAGGCAUUUUUAUUUCAAACCCUUUAUAUAUUUGUUGGCUCGGGAAAUACUGUAGCUCAUAAUUAGGUUUUGAUGUUGGUCUAAAAAGAGGCAAUCACCAUGUAGGCACUUUAAUAUGAAGAUAUAUAUUUUAUUUGUGCUCUCUAGAUUAUGUCUAAUAACAACAACGUAAUAUAUUUAACUUGACAAUCAACGUAUCACUGUAUGCAACAGUCUAAUGUCUAUGUGCAGGAAGCUCAAGCUCCUGACUCUGAUCCUACAGUAUGUUGUUUUUCUGUGAAUGAAAAUAAAACUAUUUGCGAA